AUGGGCGUGGUCUUGUCGAACGUUAUAUAUUCAGAAAAUCCAGGUAGCGCUAUUCGUUUUGCGAUUGGAAUAAAAGUUCCCUUCCUUCCGAAAAUGCUCUUCUUCAAGUUCACUGUUCUAUUCUUCUUGGCCUUGGCUUUCUUCAGUCUUCCGGAUUCGGCUCAUGCCAAUAUCGAAGACAAUUGUGUCUCAAAAGUCGAGGAGUUCAUGAUUUCCAAGUGUGGAAAGUGCUCAACUGAAGACUACCAAGAUUUCGCCCAGCUUGCUUGCAACGAACAAAUGUCAGAAAGUAGAAUUAUUCAAGCAUGUUGCCCAGAGCAGUUCGACUGA